AUGACACUGAACUCUCUUUAUUCUCAUUAUUUGAUAUUGAGAAUGAUUAUAGUAGUAUUGUUGAUACCUUUAGAAACUUAUGAUGAAAGAUUACAAGCAACAGACAUAGAAUUACCUUGUUUAAAUGAACCACCAAACGUUGAGGAAAAUAGUGAUGAUAAAACUACUGAGAAAUCAGGCCCUUUAUAUCCAGUUAUACAGAGAAUAGACUUUAAGAUUUGGAAGGAACUCACUGAGUAA